UUUGGUGGCUUCUCUGUGAGGAGGCCGGAAAGGCAUUCGAUUUCCUGCGUAGCCGACUCCGCCUAUUUUUUUUUUUUUUGAAAAAAAAGAAAGAAAAGAAUGGAGGAAUGAGCAAAGGCGAAUCUGGAUCGAGUCGUCUCUGCCCCACUCUUCUUUUCUUUUCCCUUCAGCCCUCACCCGAACCCUAAUUCGCCGCCGAUCGCUGUAGUUCCGGGCCUCCGGUUUCUAGACCGCGACGUUCCAGCGGAUUCCCGGUUGAUCUCGAUCGGCUGAUCGGUUCCCGUCGCAGAUCGGGCGGAGGAGAGGGGGGCGCGAUGCCGUCGCACUUGGCGGAUCUGGACCGGCAGAUCGAGCACCUGAGGGAAUGCAAGUUCUUGCCGGAGGCGGAAGUGAAGGCCCUCUGCGAGCAGGCGAGAGAGAUCCUGAUGGAGGAGUGGAACGUCCAGCCUGUGAAGUGCCCUGUCACGGUGUGCGGGGACAUCCACGGCCAGUUCCACGAUCUCAUCGAGCUGUUCCGGAUCGGAGGAGAGGCGCCCGACACCAAUUACCUCUUUAUGGGGGACUACGUAGAUCGUGGUUAUUAUUCAGUGGAGACUGUUACACUUUUAGUGGCCCUGAAAGUUCGUUAUAGAGAUAGAAUUACAAUUUUGAGAGGAAAUCAUGAAAGUCGGCAAAUUACUCAAGUGUAUGGUUUCUAUGAUGAAUGUUUGAGAAAAUAUGGCAAUGCAAAUGUGUGGAAAUAUUUCACUGACCUGUUUGACUAUCUGCCACUUACAGCCCUUAUUGAGAAUCAGAUAUUCUGUUUGCAUGGUGGUCUCUCCCCUUCUCUGGAUACACUAGAUAACAUUCGUUCUCUUGAUCGUAUACAGGAGGUUCCACAUGAAGGACCCAUGUGUGAUCUUUUGUGGUCUGAUCCGGAUGACCGAUGUGGGUGGGGUAUAUCCCCAAGGGGAGCAGGGUACACAUUUGGACAGGACAUUGCGCAACAGUUUAAUCACACAAAUGGUCUUGGCCUUGUUGCCAGAGCACAUCAACUUGUCAUGGAAGGUUACAACUGGUGUCAGGACAGAAAUGUUGUUACAGUAUUCAGUGCACCAAAUUAUUGUUACCGUUGUGGUAACAUGGCAGCUAUAAUGGAGAUUGGGGAGAACAUGGAACAGAACUUCCUCCAAUUUGAUCCAGCGCCAAGGCAGAUUGAGCCAGAGACUACUCGCAGGACUCCUGACUAUUUUUUAUAAUCUCCACAACCCUGUCACCUGCUGGGAAUAGUGCUUGUUCUCUGCUGUGUUUGUUCUGUAGAUGUAUCCUAGAAAACUGGAGUUUUGGUAAGCGGGAAGAUCAUCUACAUCAUUCUUUUGUUUGGAGUUUUCCCUGCUGCUUCUGUGUGCGAUGUUACGUUAGAUUAAAAGGACUCUCAAGAGGCUUUUUUCUGCGAAUCGCCUUAUUAUUCUUCAAGCAAGGAAGCAGCAAUAACAAACACCCGUUCCAUCUAAAUGAAGUUUUUUUUCCAGUGAAGUUCAUGUUUUUAUUUUUUUCAUCACAGGGUGAUUUGGAUGACUGGAACUCUCCAAACCAUAAAAGUUCCAAGUUGCUUCGAGGCGGUGAAUGGCCUAGGCAUGGCUUAGGUCUUUCCUGACCCAGACAGCAGGUCAAUGACCUGGUUGUGAAAGGAGGGUUCAUGCAGUCUAUUAAUUAUAGUAUUUUAAAAAUGAUCAGACUAUACAUAUGGGUCUACUAUUUGAUCUUGCAA